AUGUUGUCCAAAUUUCGCAGGCUGCUGCGGCGGCACAGUCCGGAGUCGCCCGCUGAGACCAAAGACAAGGAGGAAGUGUAUAAGCCGCACCCAGACGAUUUCCCAGUCUUUCCACCACCCUCUCCGAGGCAUCUCAUCCAAAAUGCGGAUCGAGAAUGGGCGAGGAUUGACCAAAGGAAAUAUGCCGCGCCGCGGGGCAUAUUUGAGGACUCGUCGCUGUAUGGACUGUACCGCCUGUAUGAGGUGAUCGUACUCGACAAGGUCUUUGGGUAUCGAAAUGGGCUAGAAGCGUUCUGGAGGCAAAAGACGUGGGCGAUCAAAGAUAUAGCUGAUCCCAAAGACGACGACCCGGAGCGGUAUGCCGUUCUCGCCGGCUGCACCUACCUGCUUGCCCGAUCUUUCAACGAGAGAGUUAAGCGCGGGCUCGAUCGACAGAUGCCAGCAAUCAUGCUUCAUGAGCAGGUAGAAGAGUGCAGGAAUAAGCCGGAUCAUCUCCGCCAGUAUGAGCGGGUUCCUCAGUGGGCGCAAGCUGUCAAGCCGUUGGAGGAAACACUGUUCAUCCCCACGCAUGAGGGUGAGCUUUUGAAAGGGAAGGAUGACGAGCGAGCCGACCCGGACUUUCUCGAGAAGAACAUCGUGCUAUGGACACCUCACGUCUUUUUUACUUGA